ACCAUUAAACGAUAAUAGAGCGUCACUACUAAGAAGUGCAACAGCUGUGAAAAAACCUCCGACAGAAAGAGACGCUUAUAUGCAUUUGUGGAAAAAUUAUAUCACUUUUGCCUUCAGGGUGGUGCCAUUAAUUUCUAACCCUAUUAUUAGAUGUGCCAGUCCAGAUCUCAGUUUAAGUUCCUCCCCAGAUAGUUUGAAUGCUGAAAAAAAUGAUAGCAGUAAAUUGCCGGCUACAAAUAUUUCACCUUCAUCUUUAUACAAACUUGUUGUGCCACAUCUACGGUGUGAAGUUGCCGAUAUAAGAGAUGCAGCUGUUUUUGCUUUAGGAAAUAUUAACGGAACGGCUCUCAGAGAUUUAUUUGAAGAGCUGACUGUCUACAUUCGCGAAUCUAUUGAUAAAAAACAAGAAAACGUACGUCGCAGACGAAGAAGAGACGCGCUAAGGCUGCAACUAAUGAGAUUGCUAGAAUACAUUGGCGAUAACGGAACGUUUGGAAUAAGUAGUUGUGUUUUGGAUAGGGAUUCACAAUCUCUUACUCCAAUUCUAGUAGAAUUCGUAGAUGGCGUUAGGUAUUAUCUGGAAAACGAACCUGAUAAAAAUUCGAAUGCUGUAAGAGAUUUAACGCUGCAUUUUUGCUAUUUUAUUAGGAAGCUGGUUAAGAAUUUUACAUUGGACGCUUGUAGAAGUCUUCUGAAAAGAGAUUUAAGAUGUAGUUUAUUCACUUUAUUUGGAAAUUGGGCUGGAAAAUACGGUUUCCCUAUUGGAAAGACUAACCUAGAAGGAGAUGUAAAUAAUAAAAAACAUCAAGAAUUACAAUUGAUAGCAUUACAAGCUAUGAGUUCUUUACUUUGUUGUGGACCCUGUUUCGAUUGCCUUACUGAAGAAAGUCCGUAUUAUUUAUGGAUUGAUGGACUUCUUAAUAGUCUAGAUGAAAAAGUGUAUAGCUUAGCACAAGAAACUGUUAUCUUAUUACUAGAAUCCAAUCCUGAUGUAUCUCCUUUAUUGGAUUGGGUGGUAGAUAAAUGUUAUACAGGAACUUCUAAAGUAGCAGAUAGCUGUUUCAUAGCAUUGGCAACUAUAUUCAGUGCAAGGGAAUAUCCAUGUGAUCAUUAUACAGCGAUAAUAAAUGUUACUUUGAUGAAUACCGGGUGUCCCAGACAAGAAGUGCGAGAUACUGCCUUGCAAUUGCUCCAGUUAUUAGACAAAAGAUUUUUUGGUUGUAUAGGGCCACUUGUCGAAAACGACUUAGGUGAGUUUAUAGUUAUUAUUAUCACUAAAAGAUAUGGUGUACAAUUUUUUUUCAUAUUUUAAUUGAAAUAUGG